UGGUAAGUUCAACUCCAACUGACCCAAGAUAUGUACAUGCUGCUGUUAUUGUUAACAAUAAUUUAUAUGUUAUGGGUGGUGGUGACUCUAAUGAUCAAGCAUCAAAAGAUUUUUUUUCUCUUGAUUUAUCACAAACAUUUGAUGCAACAACUCCACCAUGGAAGGAUUUAACUGAAACUUCACCAUUGCCAGUAUUUGCAUCAUGGGCUAAAGCUAGUUCCAACACUAAUAAUGAUACAAUAUUUUUAUUUGGUGGUCGUAUGUAUGAUACUGUAACUGGUGAAUAUAAUUUGAAAAGUGUGGUUUACACCCAUGAUUUUAAAAACAACCAAUGGUUAGUAAACCCACCUGCUUUUCAAGGAAUGGCACCUGAAAGACGUAGAGGAUUUGCAAGUGUUAGUGAUCCAUUGACUGGCAAAUUAUAUAUUCAUGGUGGAGUAAAUGAUAUGAAAGUUACUACCAGUGUUUUUUUUAAAGACUUUUUUAUUCUGGAUGGAAAUAAUUUAUCCUGGAGUCAAAUUGGAAAAACUGGUCUAAAUAUCCCACCUCCUAGAGUUGACCAUGCUGCUGUAUUGAUUGCUAAUGGAGUAAUUGUUUUUAUUGGUGGAAGAGAUUACUCUAUUACUACAGAGGAUCUAACUGCACUUACAUUAUAUGAUACUAAAGCUGAUACUUGGGAUUUAAUGACUAUAGUUGGUGGUCCAACUGUUAAUUCCCGUAUUGGACAUACAGCUGUAUAUGCUGCUAAUGGUCAAAUAAUAGUCUAUGGUGGAACUACACCUGAAUCAGAACUAACACCUACUCCUGAAUUAGUUGUGUUAGACACAACUACAAAACCUUUUAAAUGGAUCACACCUCCA